AUGAAUGCAUCCUCGGCCGUGACACUGGCACCUGCUAGACUAUGUCCUAGCCCAGAGGCGAGAUCAGCGGGACGUGCUGGUGACAAUGGCGAUCCCGCGUGCCGAUGGGUGGACCAACCAUCGCCUCGUCAUCCAAAAGUUGCGUAUUCGCCUACAGCCUCGCAGGAGACCUCAAGGUAAGCGAACCCCAGGUAAGCUGAAUAUUGCUCUGUUGUCUUUGCCUGCUGACAAUAUCCACUUCAGCAAUGAGUUAGCUCAAAGACUAGCCAACAUUCCAGUCGCCGUCGCUGCCGCUGCCAUCGAGGAGAACGCCCACAUGGAGAACCGAUGGUGACGACUCCGCGACAUAGUCCUCUUGACCGUCCUGGCUGUCCUCGGUUGCGCACGUCGCCAAAAUCAGGACUAGUUUAACGACAACGACGCCGCCAUCAGCAACUUGCUCACCGAGAAGAACCGCUUUCACAAAGUCCCACGGACGACAACAAAACAGCCUUCUACCGUAGUCACCACCUUUUGCGACAGCGGCUGCGAGAGAUUCAGGACGCUUGGGCGGCUCGCACGGCCGAGGAGAUCCAAGGGCACGCUGACCGCAACGAGUGGACGAAAUUCUUCGCCUCGAUCAAGGAUGUCUACGGUCCACCAACCAAAGCAGGUGCUCCUCUUCUCAACAUCAACGGUAGUCCCUGACUCACCGAGAAGACGCAAAUUCUGCAACAAUAGACUGAGCAUUUCUGAGGCAUUCUAAACCGUCCCUCCACAAUCUCCGACGCCGCCAUCGCCCGUCUGUCUCAAGUGUUGACCAACGCCGACCUCCACUUCCUUCUCUCACUCUCUCUCUCUCUCUUCACGAACUCAUCAGGGUUUUCAGCAGUCCCCAGCGGAAAAGCGCCGGGAUCGGACGCCAUCCCUGUUGAGAUCUACAAGCACGGCGGACCCCAACUCAUGGUUUAUUUGACGGCGCUCAUCCUGGGGAUGUGGCUUCAAGGAUACGUCCCGCAGGAUUUCAAAGACGCCACAAUAGUCCAUCUCUGUAAGCGGAAAUGUAGUCGCCAGCUUUGCGACGACGAGGCAUCACUCUGCCAGAAAGAUUUUCGCCCGCAUCUUUCUCGACAGCCUGAACAACGAUCUGGAACAAGGUCUCCUGACGGGAAACAAGUGCGGCCUCUGCCGUUAUCUUGCGGCCACGGACAUUAUCUUCGCCACCCGCCAGCUGCAGGAGAAGUGCCAGGAGAUGCAGACCCACGUAUAG